GUUACUCGUUCGUGCGAUCGUUUUGUUUGUUUGAGUUUUCUAACCAACAUCUUUCAGUUGUAAGCACAUCAAGAACUUACUAAGCCUUAAGUGAAUAAAAACCUUAAUAAAUAGAAUAAAUAAUAAUGUCACGGUGUCGAACCAUACUUUUGGGCCUCUUGGCUACAAUGCUUUAUGCUAAUGUGCACGCCGCACAAUACUCAGCAAAUAUGUUCCUCAAUGGCCAAUACCAGAAUGGUAUUAAGUCACAUCCCGAAACGCAUUUCUCCGUGAAUCCAGCGUCCAAUAUAUUCCUCGAACACGCAAUUAUAAGUCGUCAAGCACAAGGCUUCCAAGGCCCUACAUAUCUGCCACCAAAAGAGUUCCUUAAAUGUACCGGCGGACAGACAUGCGUGCGCAGAGGUCAAUGCCAGAGUGGCUAUUUUACGCAACAAUUACCAAAGAUACAGAACUGUGACCCCGAAACAGAUGUUUGUUGUACAUAUCGCCCACCUCCAACAACCACAACUACAACACAAAGACCUUUCAUUACUUGUCCUUUCGAUUCGGAUUGCGUUUCGCCAAGAGAUUGCUACAAUGGCGAAAUUGCAUCUGCUAACUAUGUGAAGAAACCAUCGUCUGAUCGUUGUUAUGCACCUGAGGUAUGUUGUCGUAUGCCUUCCACAACUUUAACCGAAGAUGGUUAUGUUUUGAAGACACCAGCUAAGAAAUUCCCCUUGCCCACACCUACAAAUCCACCAGUACCAGAAACAACACCAGGCUAUUAUCGUCCACCACAAACCACACCACCACAAGUUUAUCGUCAACCACCCACAACAACAAGACAACCUUUCUAUCGUCCACCAACUACCACUUACAAUCCAGCACCCACAACCACUUUACCACCAUACCGUCCACAACCCACACAACCUGCUUAUCGUCCACAACCCACACAACCUGCCUACCGUCCACAACCAACACAACCUGCCUACCGUCCACAGCCUACACAACCUGCCUACCGUCCACAACCCACACAACCUGCCUAUCGUCCACAACCUACACAGCCUGCUUACCGUCCAACUAGACCCACUAAUGAAUAUUUACCACCUGUACAAGAUAAUGAAAUUCCACAACCAUCCAAUAUCAAACCCGUGACACGCACCCCAACAAGAAAACCAAUACGAGGUGAAGAUAUUUUGUCACCACAAAUUUUCCCCACACAAAAAGGUUUCGAUUUGCCCAAACAUUAUGCUAAAUGCGCUUCGGCUUUAGUUUGCACACCAGAGAAUUAUUGUAACACCAUUGGUGUCAUUACUGAUACUCCAGUCGAUCUCACACCUAUCGAAGCUGCCUUCCGCGUACCACUUACCGAUUGUUUGUUGCCUGACUCUGGUGCACCUGGCAAAUGUUGUCGCGACUCGAACUACGUUGAUCCAUGGCCCGUUAACUUGGCUGGUGUCUGCGCUACCAGAAAUAAGAGAACCAAACCAACUGGUGUCAAGGAUAUUGACGCCAACUUCGCUGAAAUCCCAUGGCAAGCAAUGAUCUUGAAGGAAUCCUCAAAAACUUUAUUGUGUGGUGGUGCUAUCAUUGGUGAUGAAUUUGUUUUAACCACUGCGUCUUGCGUGAAUGGUGUAAAUGUACGUGAUGUACGUAUCAAGGCUGGUGAAUGGGAACUGGGUAGCACAGCAGAACCAUUGCCUUUCCAAUUGGUUGGUGCAAAAACAAUUGAUACACAUCCCGAAUACAAUCCCUCAACUGGUGCUAACGAUAUGGCUAUCAUACGCUUGGAUAAACGUUUUGAAUUCGCUACACACGUACAACCUAUUUGCAUCAGCGACGAAGAUCCCAGUCCAUCCGAACAGUGUGUGACAACUGGUUGGGGCAAACAAGCUUUACAAAUUCAUGAGGAAGGUGCAAUAAUGCAUGUGACUGGCACUUCACCAGUGUCACGCAGCGAUUGUGGUGCUGAUAGUACUAGUGUUUGCAGUGCCACACAAUUCGAUUCAUGCGAAUUUGAUAUUGGCAGCGCUCUUGCUUGCGGUACUGGUUCCAGUGUACGUCUAAAGGGUGUCUACAGCGUGGAAAAUGGCUGCGGUGAAGGCAAAGUUGUGCGUUUCAGCAAACCUGAUGUUAAAUGGAUCAACACAGCGUUCGCCGAUAGAAACAAGCCUUUGUUGCUGAAGAGAUUUUAAGCGCCUCAACCGCACCCUUUACCUGUGAACAAGUCUAAAAUUAAAGAAAUUAAAUCAAACGUCAUUAUUUUAGGAAAUAAUCGUGUUAGUUAAACGUACACUAGAAAUACCGGAAGAGAAGAGAAAAAAAAAAUUUGUGUAAUUUCUUAGGCUUUUUUGUGUUUUAGUUGAACUCCCGUACUCAAAUUAGAUGUUAAUUCUUCAUUUACUCCUGACACCUCUCAGUGUUCUUUACUAUCCUCUUUUAUUCAUUUUGACUAUUUAUUUAUAUGAUCACUUUCGAUGUUUCCUUCUUAGUUGCAAAUUAGCUGAUGUUGGCCACCACCAGCUCAGCUCUUCUGCAGCAUUUCGUUCACAACACAUACGCGUACUUCCAAAAUUUAUUUAAUUACUAUUGGUCAAUUCAUCCAUUGUCUAUAUUUACUUCCUCAACUUUCAACUUCCCUCUGUCGAGGAGCGCUCGGCUCCUUGUCAUAUCAUAUCAUUCACUCGUAACAUAAACAAAUGAAUAAGUUAAAAGUUAAACAUUAUAUAAACAAUUUGUAAAAUAUUUUAAUCGUAAGUUAAGGCUUCCUUCACUCGCUGAAAUUCACUCGACCCACAUUGCCAAUUAAGAAUUUUGAGAUUAUUUUUCUUUUAGCGUAAGAAGUUUAUGGUUGUCAGCAGUUAACGCCUCCUUUGUCUAGGGAUUUGCAAUACAAUUUCAAGCAGAAAACUCUUUUUAAAUUUAUGAGCGCUACUUUAUGCCUUUUGCUUUUAUCGAUAUAAACUUAAACUUAUUCUACACUGUACUACAAAUAUUUAUAUUAUAAUUAAAC